AUGACGAUGAUAUCGGAAUUAUCAGAGGAAUUGGUAGUGGAGAUACUUUCUAGGGUUCCGUUGACAUCGCUAAGCUCGGUGCGAUCUACGGUGAAACAAUGGAACGCUUUAUCGAAAGAUGUAAUAGUUUGCAAAGCAGAUGCAAGGCAUCAGUUUCUAGGGUUCAUGGUUCUGGAUUCCAGGGUUUGGUCAGUGAGAUUCGAUCUUUGCUUAAACAACGAUACAUCUAUAAAGCGAGUAGGUAAACUCGAUCAGUUCAAUAAGGUUUCCACCAAAGUCAUACAUUGCAACGGGUUAGUGUUAUGCGUGCCUUACGACCAAUCGAGCCUUGUGGUUUGGAACCCUUAUCUUGGGCAAACCAAACUGAUCGAACCCAGGACUCGUCAUUUUGAAAACAGGUAUGGUCUCGGCUUUGAUUCCUACGGUUGCCACAAGGUUUUGAGGUUUUUGGAUGACCUUCGAGUUGUCGAGUGCGAAAUCUAUGAUUUGAAUCCUUCUUCUUCUAACAACUCAUGGAGGGUUGUUGAUGUCAAUCCAGAUUGGUCUAUAACGUGUGAGCCUAAUCGUUGCGUUUCUUUGAAGGGGAAUACUUAUUGGAUUGCUAUAGAUAGGAAAAGAAUUCACGAAGAAGAUGAAGAAGAGUUUGAUUGGGAUGACCCAUCAAUUGUUUGGGAUGGUUUCUUGAUCUGUUUUGAUUUCACUACAGAGCGAUUUGGACCGUGGUUGCAACUCCCCGUUAAGGGAUAUUUUGAUGCUACUGGUUCUCUAUCUUGUGUAAGAGAAGAGCAACUCGCGUUGAUGUUUCAGCACUCAGAUUUAUACAUGAUGGAUGUAUGGUUGACGACUAAGAUUGAGCCCCACCUAGUCUCGUGGAGCAAGUUCUUUGCGUUUGAUAUGACUCCGUACGGAGGACUUAAGUGUGCCAUUCAACAUGGGAGUUUCUUCAUUGAUAUGGAGAAGAAAGUCACAGUGCUUCUUGAUAGUACCAUGUCUAGAGACACUCCAAAACGCUGCAUUGCCUACAUCCUUGGAGAAGAUGGUUACUACAUGGAAGUGGAUCUAGGAUCUGAAUGCAAGACUCGCCCGACUCUCUGCUCUUACGUUCCAAGUUUAGUGCAAAUUGAGUAA